GUGUUAUAUAAUGCCGACGGUCGUUGAACAAGUACGGAAAUAUUGAUCGGGAUCACUUCGAGUUGACUGAUUGCCAGUGAAAUGGCGUUGUUGGAUGUUUUUUUCACCACUUGCGCUAAAGCUCUGACCUGGCUGUGCGUUUUUCUUUUUAUUAUAUUUGUCGGUUACUGCUUUUAUAUCAAGUAUAUUCAUCUGAAAUAUGACCACAUUCCAGGGCCACCGAGAGACAGUUUCUUCUUGGGACACUCUCCGACAUUCCUCAGGGUUAUGAAAAAUGACGGACUUAUCUACGACAAAUUCCUGGAGUGGUCCGAGACUUAUGGGCCUGUUUACAGAAUUAAUGUCCUACAUUACGUUAUAAUGGGUGUGACCUGUCCAGAAGCUACUAAGGAAAUAUUGAUGUCACCUAACUAUCCAAAGGAUCUAAUGCUCUACAAACGACUUUUUAACCUGUUUGGUCAAAGGUUUUUAGGCAAUGGUCUGGUCACUGCAAGAGAUCAUGAGGUGUGGUACAAACAGCGGCGGAUUAUGGACCCUGCUUUCAGCAGCUUGUAUUUGAGAGGUCUAAUGGGGACCUUCAAUGAGAGAGCAGAGAAACUGAUGGACAAGCUCUCUGAGCUGGCUGAUAACAACACGGAAGCGAACAUGCUUCAGCUUGUCAACGGUGUCACACUUGAUGUCAUUGCUAAGGUUGCAUUUGGUGUGGAUUUAGAUCUCUUGUCCAACAAAUCACCUUUCCCAAAAGCCAUUGAAGCUUGUCUAAAAGGGAUGGUAUAUCAUGUCAGAGACUCUUCAUUUCGGUUCAAUCCAAAGAACUGGCCGUUCAUCAACGAGGUGAGGGAAGCCUGUCGCCUGCUGCGAACAACUGGAGCUCUGUGGAUCCAUGACAGAAAGGCAGCCAUGCAAAACGGAGAAGAUGUCCCAAAGGACAUCCUCACGCAGAUCAUUAAAACUUCUUCCACAGAGGAAAUCAUGACUGCAGAGGAUGAAGAACUCAUGUUGGACAACUUUGUGACAUUCUUCAUUGCAGGUCAAGAAACAACAGCCAAUCAGCUGGCGUUUUGCAUCAUGGAACUUGCAAGACAUCCUGAAAUAUUGGCUAAAGUGACAAAUGAAGUGGAUGAUGUCAUUGGGAUGAAACAGGAAAUAAGCUAUGAUGACCUCGGGAAGCUAAUUUACCUCUCCCAGGUGCUGAAAGAGACACUGAGAAUCUACCCGACUGCUCCUGGCACAUCUCGGGACGUUCAUGGAGACAUGGAGAUCGACGGCAUCCACCUGCCUGGAGGAUUUACCUGCAUGUUUAGCAGCUUUGCUACUGGAAGGAUGGAAAAGUUCUUUAAGGAUCCUCUGAAAUUUGAUCCAGACAGAUUUCACCCAGAUGCACCCAGGCCCUACUACUGCUACUAUCCCUUUAGCCUCGGUCCGCGGUCCUGCCUGGGAAAGAACUUUGCUCAGAUGGAAGCCAAAGUGGUGAUGGCAAAGCUUCUGCACAGGUUUGAUUUCAGCCUCGUCCCUGGACAGACCUUUGACAUCGAGGACACUGGCACCCUGAGGCCCAAGAGUGGAGUGAUCUGCAACGUCAGACACAGGAAAUACAAAAACUAAGCAUUGUUAAUGCUUCCUGAUAUAGGAUGAAAUGAAAAUUUUACUAAAAUAUUCAUAGGCUGGUUCUCCUGCAUCAGACGAUGGAAGCUAGCUUUAUUGUUGAAUUGAUUUCAUAUCUAUGUCUUUAUUUACUCUUGCAAAUCAUUUAGGCCUUAUAAUCCUUUUUUUAAUAACCCUGAACCUUUUGUGCCUUAUCAGUGUAUUUCUGUGAAACUAAACCCUUAAGGUAAACUAACCUAAUGUCAUACUGUGAUGCUUUAAACGCUGCCCGACUUUUUUUUUUUUUUUUUAUGUUUUCUGCUGAUUUAUUAUUGCCCCAAGCAGGAGUAACCAAGUCCAGUCGUCGACAGCUACCAACCUGCAAGACUCGAGACAACUGGACUUGGGAACUCAUGGUCUAGAAACAUCUGUACAUGUGAAGGGGCCGUAAUUUUGUUAGAAUAAUAUUUUAUAUGAUUUUGGGAGGAACAUUUAUUUCAUUUUAAAAGCGAGCUCAUGCCAAAAACCAUUUUAAAACAUAAAAUAGUACAAUAGUAAAUGCAUACUUAUCUGUGAGUGCAGCAGUUAAUUGUUACUGAAAAUGUAAACAUGUAUUUAUGCAAAAUGAUUGUAUAAAUAUGUAUGU